AUGAUAUUCACUAUAUUUGGAUUGCUGACCAUAAUCAUGGUCUCCAAUUGUGUUUUUUAUGAAAUUUUUGAGGAUUUUAACAAUAACUCAAUCAAAACUUUCGAUAAAAAUUGGACUUGUGAAGGCAAUAAUUCAAUUAUAUCAACUUCAAAUAUUUAUUCUUGCAAAAAUGAAAUCUAUUUUAUCAGACUAGAAAAUAAUACAAAUCAUGCCACACAAUUUAAUAGACAGUUCAAAAGUUGCCUCCUCAUUAUAAGGUGUAAGUUUAUGUUGAUAUUUAUGCACAUGGGAGUUUAGAUUCAGGAAAUCAAGAUAAUAUCAGGAUAAUUAUCGAUUAGAAUAAGAUAAUAGAUGAAUUCUAUGGCCCUUAUUAGGAUUAGCGUUUAGGAAAAUCGGUGUAAUGCGAUAAAAUAAUUGAUGAGUUUAAUUAUCAAUUACGUAAAACAAAGGUUUUAGAAUUGCCGCAUGCAAGUGAUUAGAUAAAUAUUUAAUUAUAAAGCAAUGCAAAUGAAAACACAUAUAACGAAUAAUAUUUAUUUCGGAAUGUUCAAAUUUUUGUAAAUAGCUGCUACAAGACAUGCAAAACUUGUGUGAAUGAUUAAAUAAAUGGUUGUAGUACUUGUUAUAAUAAUGGAUUAAUUAAUUCAACUUUUUGUGAUACUUGUAGCACAAAAAUAAAUGAAAGGUUUCUACUUAUUCCUGAUGGAUGCGUAUCUGAGUGUCCAAUCGGUUUCAGUUAUGACGUUGAUUAAAUUUGUUAUAAGAAUAGCAGUAAAAUAUUUAUCUAUCUUUAGAGUUGAUUCCUUGUCUUACUUCUUCAGGAUUAUAUUAAUCAAAUAGUUUAACAAAUAGUUCUUAUAGUUGUGAUUUAAAUUCAUCAGCAAUAGAAUUGAGGUUUAGAUUUACAUUUACUAACAGUCUUACGAAAUAAUUGUAAGUAAAUUUAGGAGAUGUUGCUGUGGCUACAAUUCAAGGUUCUAUUUUAAUUGCUAAUUCAAAAAGUAAAGUAAUAAUACAUGAGAAAUAAACUAAUACAAUUAGAGUAGAAAUAUCAACACCAAUAAGUGCAUAAAAAGAAAUAAUAAAUUUUAUAUCAGAAUAAUCAAUUUAAAUUUCAGAUAUGGUGAUAGAAUAUUUAGUUUGUGAAGAGAACUGUGAAAUAUGCAAAGAUGAGCAAAAUUGUUAAGUUUGUAUUAAUCCAAGACUUAUGUUUGAAGGAAAAUGUGUUGAAGCUUGUCCAGAUUAUACAUACAAAUUUAAAUCUAAUUGUUACAUUUUUAAUUAAAAUUUGUAUUUCUACAAUAAUUUGAAAAUGCAAUAUGUAUUCAGAGAAUUUUAUGAUCUUUCGACAAGGAAAGAUCGUGUUAAUGACUUAUUUAUACUUGAUUAAUCAAACAAGGCAACUAUUAACUAAUAUAAUUUUUAAAAAGGAGAAGACAUUCUCUUUUCUUAUUUACCUUAUAAAAGAAUAUUGGGAGGACCAUUUGUUUGGGUAAAUGCAAAAUUCAAGUUUCAACUAAAGUUACCUAGUUAUAAAUAAAUCCUAAUUGUAACAUUUGAACUCUAUUAAGGUGAUUAUUAAUUGAAUCGAAAUUAUUUUCGCUAUUAAAUAAAUAAUUUAGAAGAGAAAACCAUUAUUCUCUUAAAGAAUACUAAAGUUAUGAAUGAUUAGCAUUGGAAUGAUAGUUUUAACACCUUUAAGAUGACAAUUAAUUAAUCAAUUUUCUAUGAAGAAUCAAACAAUAAUUCUUUGAAUAUUUAAUUCCAAUGCGACAAUAAUUAUAUCGACAGUAAUUAAUCUUUUUGCGCAAUUUCUAAUUUUUUCAUUGUCUCUUUGACUUGUUAGAGUCAAUUUCAAUUAGAUUUUUAUAAAUAUAAUUCAAAUGAAAACCCUUGUGUAUCUUUUUGUGGAGAUGGGUAAAUAGCCCCUGAUGAAGAAUGUGAUGAUGGAAAUUUAGAACCUUUUGAUGGAUGUUUUAAUUGUUUAUUUUAAUGCAAUGAAUAAUGUGAAAUUUGUACCAAAGGAGAUUGUCUAAGAUGUAAUGUUGGAUAUUAUUUAAAUUAAAUAGACAAAGGUUGUUAUACAAAAUGCGGUGAUUCUAUAAUUUAAGGUAAUGAAUAAUGUGAUGAUGGUAAUUUAAAUAAUUAUGAUGGAUGUUCAGAAUGUUAAUUGAUUGACUAUUAAAAGUGUGACUUCGAAGAUGAUAUUUCAAAACAUAAUUGUUCAGUUUGCCAUUUUGGCACAUGCUUAAAAUGUGUAGAUGGAUUCUUCUUAGAAGAUGGUAACUGUAUUUCAUAUUGCGGAGAUGGGUUGAUAAAUCAAAAAGUGGAGCAAUGUGAUAAUCAAGAUGAUUUAGGAUGCAUAAACUGUAAAAUUCAAAAAGGUUAUGUCUGCACUUAAAUUAGCUUUUCUAUUUGUAAAACUUGUAGUGAUGAUUGUAUAUAGUGUUAAACGAUAGGUUCAUAUGAUGUUGUUUGCAAAUCAUGUUAAUAGGGAUAUUAUCCAGUUGAUCAUGAAUGCAAAUAAUGUGACCUUAAUUGUGUAACAUGCUAGAACCAAUCAUUUUUAUGUACUUCCUGUUUCAGGCCUGACUGUGAAUUUUGUGAAACCACUCCUGGACUUUAUAAAGACUAGAAACUGAAAUAAUGCGUAUCAAAAUGCGGAGAUGGAAUUUUGAUAGAAAAUUAAGAACAAUGUGAUGAUGGAAAUACUGAAAAUGGAGAUGGGUGUAAUGAAUUUUGUUCAAUAGAGUUCUCUGAUUUAGAUUUCCUGAAUCUAUAGAGUUGGUCACUUACCAACGAAAGUACUUAUGAUCUGAAAUUAGCUAAUAAUACUUAUAAUCUCAUUUUGUUAUGUAAUACUUCAGAUGUCGUUAUUAAUGGUUUUCAAAAAGAUGAAUUCAACUACAAUGUUACUAUUAUUAAUGAAAUUUGUAGAUUUGAAUUCUCAUUCUUGAAAUCCAUAUAUCAAUACAAUACUAUAUUGAUUGCACUGUAUAUAUAGGUGAACUAAGGUAGAUAACUUUUUGAAGAUUCUAAAACAAAUAUUACAUUUAAAAUUACUCCAAAUGAAUAAAUAGUAAUAUCAGGUUAAGAGUAAAGUUAAGCAGAAUAAAUCACAUUAAUUUAAUAGCAUUUUAGUUUAAUAUUUCUUAUUUUAAUUCCAAUUUCAAUUAUUACUAAUUUAUUUGAUUAUUUAUGGGCAGUAUUAGAAAUUUUGAGUUGGGUGAAUAACUUUUAUUUUUUUAAUGUAAAAUAUCCAUUCAAUGUAGAAGUAUUAUUAUUAAAUAGUGAUUGGUCUUCAUUUGUCAACUUUCCAACUUAUUAAGAAUUAAAUUAACCUGGUUGUGAUUAUUACUUUCAAGCUCCAAAAAGAUUUUAAGAUAAGGGAAUUGAUCCACUCUUUAUUAAUAAUGCCUAAAUUCCUUUUAUGUUUAUUUUAUCAGCACUAAGCCUUUAUUUAAUCAAUUAUAUACUUUUAGUGUUUUUUACUUAUCUAAAUUUGUUCUUCAAUAAAGAAAUAAAAUUAAAUAGAAAGCGUUUUAGCAUUUUUAAUUUAUAAGCCAUCAGAAAAACAAUCAACACUUAAGUUAAACCAAUAGAUUAAAUAUAAGUUGAAAACAAAUCAUAUUUUAAACGUAUUAUAACUUUUUUAAGUUUUACUUCAAAUGCAUUUAAAAAUAAAAUAAAAUAAACCAUUACUUUAUGUUUGUUAGAUAUUACCUUAGCUUGCAUGCUAUAAUUUACUUUUUCGAAACCUAACUCACAUAUUAUUGUAGGAGUUAAUUAAUUUAUGGCGUUAUUUGCUACUGGCUUAAUUUUAUUUUAGUUAUUUUAAUCAUAUUUUGUAUUAAAUAUUCAUAAGAGCUUAGCAGAAAAUAAAUAGUUUUAAGAAAAAUAUAAGAUUUACUAUGAAAAUAUCAAUCCAGACGACUCCUUUGGAUAUUAUUAUAAUUUUUUUGGGAUUCUCAGAAAAAUUAUUUAUGUAUGUUUUUUAGUACUAUAUUAUUAUAUCCCAAUCCUUUAAGCUCUAUUAUGUUUUACUUCAACUUCAAUAGGAUUUUUUCUUCUUUGCUAUAAAAACCCAUAUAGUAGCAAAUAUUAAUACAUUCUUUAACUAAUUUUAGACUUCAAUUUAACUUUGAUUCACUUAAUAAUUAUUAUAAUUUCAAUUAGUGAUCUAUUAAGUAACCAAUUUAUUAAAAAUAAUAUUAUAAACUUAGGAUGGAUAAUUAUUUCGCUAAUUCUAUUUUCAAUUUUCAUAGAAGUUUGCUCUUUAAUUUAAGGCAUACUCAAAUAUUUUUAUAAUUGCUUUGUUUUUAUAAUAAAUUUAGGAAAGAAAUAAAACUAAGUCAAAGAAAUAAAGAUUAUAGAAGAGUAAAAGUAAAAUUUAGAGCCAAAAUAAUAACAAGUAACUAAUAAAGAAAGAAAUAUUAAUCGAUAUUAAUCUCGCAAUAAAUUAAUUGAAUAAAAAUGA